AUGUUGAUAAUAAUAAAAAAUGAACUUUUAUCAAAUGGAGAAUAUUCAUCUUCAAUAAAACGUUCAUAUCCAUCACUUUCACAACGUUUAGGUCUUGCCGAUGAUUCCGAUCAAUCAGAUGGUGAACCUUAUAAUCCAUCAGAUGAGAAUUUUAUUGAAACACAACAAAGAAUUAUUCGACAACCACAAACAUCACUUAGAGAAUCAAUAUUAUUAUCAACUGGAUAA